AACGGAAGUACAUACGGGCAGUAAUAUGGAAAAACAUGUCAGUACAACUAUCAUGUAUGUAACUAUACACAAUUACCAUGCUCGGACCAAGACAGCAUCAAAAGUGGAAACGAUGUAGCCUCUGACUAUCAAGCGAUCAUACUCUGGAUUGCUUCUGCAAUACCAUUGAGCGGUUGGAAUACAUGUGUUAUCUCUGGUCUCACAUGUCGACAAAUCAUGCUCAACGAUGGGGCCUCAAUGACAACGAUGAACCCAUAUUGUUCCAUGGACAUCUUGGGCACAGCAAUCAUAAGUACCUUGAAAGAAGCAAGAGGAUGCCAACAGCCACGAACCAAUUCCAUCACCUAGCUCCUCGACAGCAGAUGACAUCAGCAACCACCCAAACACCGCGUUCCACUUCCUCCCAAACAUUCAAUACACAACCAAACCACCGUACACUAGCCGCCGUUACACGCACGAAUCUCACAAACGUCAGGCAAAACGGGCCAUCCACCACCAGCACUAGCCCUCCCGAUCCCAACACUCAAAUUCGCCUCCCCGCCUCAUCCCAACCACAAACCACCCCAUCACCAAUCCCCUUCAAUCCCCUGCGAACCCACCCCUAUAAGCUACGCAAGACGUGCAUGGGGAAGCGCCCCACUUUGCCAUCAAUCAAUCGAGUGGCAAUCCAAAACAACGUCCACAACCCAUUCCUGCAGCAUCUCAGCUGGCGACGCAUCACGCACUCCCCGCUCCGGUAAUGAUGUGCGCGCCGCCGAUCGCAGGACAAACGCUGCAUGGCGUGGCAUGGCAUGCGGGGGAGGCAAGCAGUGGCUGCAUGAGGUCAGAAAGCGGGGUUAGGGGUUUUUCGCUGCGGCCAACCAGGGACCAGGCGAUCGCAGGAGCGUUUUGGCGAAUGUCGUUGGGGCCCUGGAACGCCUUCUUGAGUUUUGCAAUGGACUGGCUGGCUGGCGCAGUUGGGGAUUGCACCAGAAACUCAAUUUUGGACAAAAGGUGAUUGGUGGGAAAAGCAGUCCGAAGCAC